AUGAUCAGGAGGUGGUUUACCCUGUUGAAUUACUUCUCCAGCAAAUCUGAGCACGUCACAAUGUUAAGAGAUUAUUUGAAUAGAAUAUUUAGAAAGCAUAUUGAUGAGCUGAUUAGGAAGGAGUAUUUUUGCAAAACGGUGAACCAGAUGACGAACCAGAUAAACAGUAAAAGUGUACACGCCCUUAUAAUGACAUAUGAAAAAAAGCUAGACCAGAUGGGGGCAUACGAUUUUAGCUACAGUCUGAUUAUUCUUCAUCGGUUCCUCGUGUUCAGUCAUAGUUUGUUUAACAGGAUUAUUGACCACGCUAUUGGGAAUCCUUUAGCGAAAUUAAAAAGUGAGAAAAACUUAAUCCGUUUUAUAAAGAGUGUAGAUAAUUACCUGCUCAUCCAUCCGUCCAGCGGGGGGUUUAACAAGACAGAGUUGAACAGCACAGGGGUUAACAACACAGGGUAUAACAAUACGGAAAUUUUUCAAUCCAACAUGAGUGAUUUGUACAAUUCUACCUUUUCCAUUUUUAUUAAAAAAUUGAACAAAAAAUUGAAGAGCUACUCGCUGGAGAAUUUACUCUUCUUUUCCGAGUGUCUGGGGAAAGUGAUUUUUAUGCCGAGCACGCAGAACCAGGUUCUGCAUGUGUUCAUUAAUAAGCUUCGCUACUACAUUGAUAAUGCUUUGAAUUUUUCCACCGUGAAUAAUGAGACGCUAAUUCGCCUUUUUAAGAUAAGCUCCUUCUUUUCCUUCGUGCCCGAGAUGGAGAUUUUUGUGAGUAGCGCGACGAAGGGGAGUAGGAAGGUACGCAGGUUUGCAAAAGGUGAGGUGUCUACCCUGUCCAAGGACACCUUCGUGGGAGAAGCGGAAAAGAAACCAGAUGGAGGAACAUUUCCACCGCCGGGAGAAGCUCAAACGAGCACUGUCAAGGACAGCCCACCCCCCACGGGGAACAAAAAAAUACUCAAGAGUAGGAAUAACGACACUUUGGAUGAGAAGAGCAAAAAAAAAAGCAUAUGCUUCAACCUGAGUGAGAAGAAUGUGAUUAAUUAUUACUAUGACAAAUCGGAGGAGACGCACACCUUUGCCAAUACAAGGAAUCUGCUAAAAAGUUACGACCUGCUCCAGGUGAAGGACAAUGUGUACGACGUGAACAGCUACCUCCUGAAUUACGGCUUCAAUCACGACUCGGGGAAGAAGCAUAAGAAGAACAAGUUUCUGCUCAAAAAUAUAGUGAUGCUUCUGUGUGAGCAAAUAGAUAAGAGUCUGGAUGACGUGUUGAGGGAGGUGCGGGAUGCAUUCCCCGCUGGAAACGGAGCAACCACCAAGGAGGGCUGCCCCCCCUGGAGCAGAGACAAACUGAUGAAUGAAAUAAAACGCAUCAAUGAGAAGAACGCCCAGUACGACGGCAAGUGCAUGCAUGGUGACCUCACCCACACGGAGAGCGAGCUCUACAAGAGGUACCUCAUUUUUUACGAUUUCCGUGUACUAAGCGAUGUAGUGAAGUUCACUCACUUUUCCAUCAACACGAAUAAGCACACGUACGAGUUGGUCAAAUCGAUAAAGAGGAGACUGGAGGAAAUGCUUCUCUUUUACGACCUAAGUGGAGCAUCCAACGGGGGAACUGAGCUGACUCAGGCUGGAUCAGUGCUGAACGGAUCCAAGAUGAAGCAUAUUACCACCUUUCAGUUGUACCACUUUUAUUGCGCUUGUAAGAACUUUAGUCCAUCUUUCCUGUUUGAAUUUUUCGACACCAUGUUGAAGCUUACGCCGAAGAUGCAUAUUAUAGACAUGGAUAAGGCGAGCGAUUUGUUUAGUAAGAAAAAAAUGAACAGAAUGGAACAUUUGGAGAUCUUCGAAAGGGUGAGGGAUCGUAACGUAACCAUCCCCUUUGUGGUCUCCCUGUUGAGAUCGUUGAAGACAAUUAUUUCAUCCAAUUUGUUUCUCAUGAAUGACAUUCUUAGUGAGCAUGUGAACACCAUGGUGCAGUACUCGUACUACGUGUUGUUGCAUUAUUACUACAAUAAGGAUAGGAGGAGGAUUCAUUUGAAGGGUGGUAGUGAUUUGCGGGAUGGGGGUGAGGAGGAGUGGCUAACCGGGGGGGUCAAAACUGUUGCAGGUAAUCCGCCCGUUGGCAAGAAUGAACACGCCGAUGAGGAGGAAGAGGAGUACCCCAUUUGUGAGAGCGCAUCCAAGGGGGGUACUGCGGGAAGUUCGCCAAUAGGGGAGUACGUGAAGAAUCAAGUGGAGGGUGGUCAAACGGAGGUCGUCCAGCGUGAGGAUAGCAGUGACAGUUCAAUCACCUCCAGCGUAAUAAAGUCAAGAAGAAAGGAUCGAAAAAUAUGUCUCUUUGAUAAUGUAUACAUGGAGGACCUGUGCAACACGUACUUGUGUCUGUCCACGUCGCUCUACUUCCUAAACAGGACGGAGGAGAAAUCCAACCAAGUGAAGCAUCUCAUCUAUCUGGAGGAGAGGUUCCUAAAGUUAGUGACCAAAGUGAAGUACAUGAAGUACCUAUCGGAUAAUUUAAUUUUUUUUCUAUUUAAAGCGCCUUGUACGGUGAAAUUAGAGGAAGCGUUUGAUGGGGUAAUUCCGUCGUUAAAGUUACCCAACCGGAGGGGUAAAAAAACAAGCGAACGUCUCUCCUCCAUAAAAAAUUCGCAGAAGGUGAAGAUUUUGAGUGUCCCAGCAGCGACUGCUUUUUUCCUUUGCAAAAUUAAGUUGUCCAUGUCGGGAAGUGGCGGCAAGGAGGAAGUGAAUGCCCUUCGGAUGGAGAACAUAAAGAAGCUCUUUGAGAUCCUUAUUGAUCAUUACAAGUUGCUUACAAAUUGCGUGGAGCAGUUGUUCAUUAAUAGAGGUAGAGAAACGAUCGAUGGGGGAAGUGAGACGAUCGAUGCGGGAAGCGAAACGAUCAAUGGGGAGGAGGAGUACUCAUCGGAUAAUUCGUAUAUUUCUGAUCAGAGUACAUCCUUUCGAGGGAGAACCAGAAUGAGUUUCUCCAUGGAACACACCCAGGAUAGAAGCAGCCAGUAUGGAGUGUCCCCCCGGAAGAGGAGGACCUAUUCUUAUUUACCCUACCUAACGUCAGGCAGAGUGGACGUGAAGCAAAAUGCCCAUUUCGAAGCCCUCAUAGGAGAUAUGUUCUUCGGUGAACACGAGGUGAAGACGUUGCAUGAACUUCAGAGCACUCUGCUAAAAACGGUUAAGUAUUUGGAGGCUGCCCAAAUAAAUUUAAAGGUAAAUUAUAAAAUAACGCAGAUUCAUCAGAUACAUAAUGACGUCUUGGGUUACCUAUCAGAGCUGUCCAACGUUGUUAAGGAUUGCCUUUACAUCGUGUUCCUCUCUCAGCCAUACAUUCAUAAGUCACCCAAAAAGUACGUCACCAGAAAUUUGGUGAACUACUUAAUCAACAAGAGCAAGUUCGUAAGCGACUACAACAUCUUCGACGAUUGCAAUAAUAAGUCCUUUAACGAAUUGAAGAGGAGCAAGUACAUGGCCAACGAGCUCUGUCGCUAG